UCAUGGCUGUUUCAGGCAUUACAUCUGUGACCUCUCAGGCUGAUUUUUCAGCCUUCAUUUCAGAUGGGUUUAUCUCAUUGGUGGGAAGCGUUGUGCAGAUUCCUAUUAAGAUUUUAAGAGAUACCGGUGCGUUAGAUUCUUUUAUUCUUGAGUCUGUGCUGCCAUUUUCUUCCAAAACUGACACUGGUGGUGGUGGGAAUGGUUCCAUUCUCUGUUCCUUUGCACUUAGUAUCUCUUAGUUGUGGUCUUGUCCGGGGGGAGGUGUCAGUCAGCAUCGGGCCUCAGUUGCCUGUUGAGGGUGUUCAUAUGAUUUUGGGGAAUGAUUUGGCUGGGGAUAAAGUGUGGGCUGUCGGAGUGCCUAAUGUCGUGAAGCCGCCAGUUAGUUCCUCAGUUGUAGCACCCUCAGCGAGGCCACAGGGCUCUGAUAACAUUUUUCCUAAGCCACUUGUCGUCGAAGGCCACAACGUGGAUUUGAAAAGGGCCAUAGCAUGGGACGUUGCUAAUAACCCUGACAUCCUUGCCAACGUUAAGAAAGUUUUUGUCGGCGGUGUGAGAAACCACAUCAAGGCGGACAACCUGACCAAGUACUUCUCUGAGUUCGGUGUGGUGGAGAAGGCUGUGAUCAUCUCUGACAAACAGACCGGCAGGAAGAGGGGCUUUGGCUUUGUCUUCAAGGACACUGACUCCGUCACCAAAGCGAUGCUGACAAAGUACCACGUCAUCAAUGGGAACAAGGUGGAGGUGAAGAAAGCUCUGGCAAGGCAGGAGGUGUCCACCGGUGGCUGCAAAAGAGGUCGAAGAAAGGGGAUUCAUGGUUAUGGUAGAGGAUAUGGGGGAUACGAUGAGGGAGGAUAUCCCAACCAGAGACUGAUGAGGUGGUCGUUGUUCUUGCAGCCGUAUGAUUUGGAUAUUCGUCAUAUCAAAGGGGUUGACCAAUGGAACUGGCGCACUGUCUUGCGCCUGCGAGUUAUCUCCUAUGCCUAUGUCUGCUCCUGUAGUACCCAGGGUUGCUGGAUCUUGGAGACCUUCCUUGCCUUAAAUUGCUCCUGUAAUACCCAGGGUUGCUGGAUCUUGGAGACAGAUGGACUGCAAUGGGGGAAGUAA